CUCUUUCUUCCUAUUUGAAAUUGAAUCAUUUGACUCAAUUUGUUACCAAACAUGGCCCGCUCUAAAAAGGAGAUAUGGAAGAGAAAUUAUUACCAACACCAAUAGCAACAUCUUUUUAAUCACAAACUCCAACCAAAUCAAUCUCCAUUCUCGCUUUCAUUCCUGUUUAUUUAUUAAUUCUCUAUUACUUGGUCAACUGAUGUCUUAUAUUGUAACUGAUCCCUCGCCUUCGUUCAUCUGCAACAACUAUCAAAGAGCUUCAAAUGCAAGGCAGUAUAAGCUAAGAGUAAUUGCCCAAAUAGUAGAUUGUGUUUAUGAUAAUCUUUCUCAUUAUAACAAUGUAAAUAAUAAUAAUGAUAAUCAAAAAUCAUUGAUCGAGACCGGAUUUCAAAAUUUAGAAAGCUUUUUCAUUAAAAUUGGUUCAAUCCCAACUUUUUCAUCACAUAUCGCUAACAAUAAUGACAAUUAUCUUGUAUUUAAAAUCAAUAGCGAUUUAGUUGAAAAUUUAUUAACAGGAGACUUACAUUCCACCUCGGAAAGCGAAUUGUUUCAAAUUGGCUCAAUAAUUGAACUUAUCAUGUUAUAUAAUGGCGAUAUCAACGACUUGAAUUUAAUUGAAAUUUCAAAUUUAAAUGGUGAUUAUAGAUUAUUGAAUAAUCUGAAAAACGCUGAAAUUUUAAAAACAAUGUCAAGUAAGUUAUCAUCAUUAAAUUGAAUUGAGUAAAACGAUAUAGAUUGUGUUCAAUAUAAAUUAAUAAGCAAUAAAAUUAAUUUUUAAAAAAAAGAUCCUUGGAGCUUCAAUGUAAUAAUUUAGUAUAAUUUCUACAAAUGUCAAAUGACAGGCUUUAAAAUAAAAAGAAAAAAAAAAGAAAGAGAAGGGAUAUCAAAAUAUAUCAAAAUAUAUCA